AUGACUUCCCCAAGACCAUCCAACGACAUUGAAGACUUUCAUGCUUUGCUGUCACGAUCGAAACGAGUGCUCUCUCUUCUCGGCGCUGGGCUUUCAGCUUCUUCGGGACUCCCAACAUUCCGCGGCGCAGGAGGAUUAUGGCGCUCCCACGACAGCAUGUCUCUUGCCACACCACAGGCCUUCGCCGCUGAUCCCGCGCUGGUAUGGAGGUUCUACAGUUACCGCCGUCACAUGGCUCUCACAGUCCGCCCUAAUCCAGCACACUACGCCCUGGCGGCCCUCGCUCGCAAACUACCCGGCUUCGUAACCCUAAGCCAGAAUGUCGACGGUCUCAGUCCGCGCGCAGAACACCCGAAAGACCAACUCAAACUCUUACAUGGAAGUCUGUUUGAAGUCAAGUGCAAUGACUCGAGAUGCGGCUACGUGGAAGAGAACUACACUGACCCCAUCGUGCCCGCCCUGGACCUUCCCGAUGGCAAAGAUAUCACCUCCGAUGAGUACAGAACGAUGGGAGGCAAGGUCGAUAUCAGUGAUCCGCAAGUGCAGCUGGCGCAGAUUUCAAGGGAGGAUCUCCCCACUUGCCCACAGUGUCGAAGGGCGCUACUGAGGCCGGGUGUGGUGUGGUUCGGUGAGGCGCUUCCGGACGAUGUCGUUGACAGUGUGUACGCGUACCUCGACGAGCCGGAGAAGGUCGAUUUGAUUAUGGUCAUCGGGACGGGAGCCAAGGUCUAUCCCGCUGCGGGGUACAUUGAGGAGGCGAGGGAGAAGGGUGCGAAGGUUUGCGUGGUGAAUAUGGAUGCGAAUGAUGCGCCGCCGGGAGGAUGGGCAGAGGGAGACUUCUUCUUCCAGGGCGAUGCGGCCACGAUUGUACCAGAGCUGCUGCGGCCGAUUAUUGGGGAGGUGAAAGUGCCUGAGCAGGAGAAGGCCAAGGUGUAG